UCCUAGCAAAAUUGGAUUUUUGCGGAUGGUUUUACUUCGUCAAAAUUAGCAUGGGGCAUUGAAAUCCUCCACUCACAAGACAAGGUCUCCUCCUUGGUAGAUACAUACAUAUUUGUCGUCUAUGGAUUUAGUUGAGAAGUAAAUAGUACAGCAGUUUUUUCAAGUAUGGAUUUGCAAAAUCAUUUGAUAAUUACCGCAAUAUUUCGCCACCUCGACCACCCCAAUCUUCUCAAUGCCCGUUUGGUCUGCUCCACGUGGGCAUCCGAAGGGGCUAAGCAUAUCGGAAAAACUUCCAAAGUUUUGGUGCGCGUGCAUCCAGCACAUGAAUUUUCGCGUCGUUGGAUCGAUCCUGACCCUGAUUUGGAAGAAGUUGCAAAUUUCUUGGUUAGGAAUCGUAUCCGACAUACGUUGCUCCUUUCUCUGGUGCAGUGCCCUUGGAUUGGGGAAUACGACUGUGACCAGCUAGAAGUAUGGGGAGAUAACCGUAUUGAUACGUCAUUUGGUGAAAGGGUCGUCCCCUAUUUACAAAGGACGGGAGCACUCAUCCCAUCUGCCAGGAUUGAAGUUUCGCUCUGUGGAGAAGACGAUGUCAAAUUAUUUCGAGCUGUUAUGUCGUCUCUUACUCAACUUAGGGCCCUACAACUUGAAUCAGUUCACCUUAAGGUGCAAUACGCGGAAGAAUUUGUAUGUGUACCGGCUACCUUGAAAUCACUAGCCAUCAGGAUACAAAAUCCGCCAGAAAUAUGUGCGGUCCAUCACAUUCCAGAAGAGAGUCCCGAGUGCCUAAAGCUCUUCGACAAUGUCGAAUUUGUUGCUGAGAUUGGCUGGGAAUCUUUUCAUAAUAUCAGUUUCCGUGAAACCUUAUUCUACGCAAUGAGAGAAGAUAUCGAGGAAUAUCCAGACAGUUUUAGAGCUGUGCGAGGCGUCAAAUUGGAAAUCAAAAGGCGUGUGACGGCUCGCUUACUAAAAGAGCUGCCAAGACCACUAAGUCACAUUUAUAUUACAGCAAAAACUAACAAGGGAACCUUCUGA